AUGCCGUACCUUUCCGUGCUCCGGACCUCAAUCAACGACAAACUGCAGCAGCUGGAAGACGAGAUAUCCCACGGCAAUCAUGACCUCCCACACCUCCUCGAAGCCAGACCCUACGCCCUCUUCGACGACGCCGACUCCCUCCCCACCCAACAAAUCUUCGACCUCGUCGAGCAGCUCCGCGUCGACCUCAAAGCCAUCGACUCCCUGCUGACGCCCACCCGCUUCAAGCUCGUCGAGCAAGGCAUGCUCCCCUACAAGACCGCGGCGCUCAACGUCGCCGUAACCCUCAACGUCGCCGACCUCAUCGAAACCCUCGGCGGCUCCGCCACCCUCGCCUCCCUCGCCGCCCAAACCAACGUGAACGCGCACAAGCUCGGCCGCGUCCUCCGCACUUUGGCCGCCGACUUCAUCUUCCGCGAAACCGCUCCGGACGUCUUCGGCAACACGCGACACAGCGUUGCGCUGCGCUCGACGGGCGCGCGCUCGUUCCUCACCUUCAUCACCGAUCUCGGCAUGCGCUGCGCGACGGGGAUUGGGGACGACGUCAGGGACGCAGACACGCGCGACUCGUUUGCCGAGGAGACGGCCCCGUUCUGCAAGGUGGUGGCGGGGGAUGGGCGGACGUUCGCGCAGUAUAUGGGGGAUCCGGCGAAUGCGGCGAUGGUGGAGUUGGGGAAUGAGGGGGUGGUGGGCUGGUUGAAUAAGCUGACGAGGGCGAGUUUGUUGGGGGAUUAUCCUUGGGGGGAGCUGGGAGAUGUGACGGUGGUGGACUUGGGGGCGGGGAUGGGGGAUAGUGGUGUGGAUGUUAUGAGGAGGUUUCAGGGGAUCCGGUGGGUGUAUCAGGAUCUGGAGCCGGUUAUUGCGCUGUUGAAGACGAACUAUCCGGAGGAUUUGAAGAGUAAGGUUGCUGAUGGGAGUAUUUCGUUUGUGGCGCAAGACUACUUCAAGCCCAAUGUCAGCGACGGGGCUGUAUGGUACAUGAGAGGCGUCCUGCAUGAAUAUGACGACGACCAGGCACUCGUGCUGCUCAAGAACAUCACCACCGCCAUGAGACGGACCCCAAGAGCCAAGAUGGUCAUUAACGAGGUGCUGAACUCCAGUCCGAACAUCAUUCCGCCCUCAUCGAAUUCGCCGCCUUCAGAUCACAUCCCAACGCGGCAGUCGGCGCUCCCAGAGACGGCGAACAUCAUGACAUGGAGCACCUUCUCGCUGUUUGGAGGCAAGGAGAGGUCGUAUCAGGAGUAUGAAGCGUUGCUGGCCACGGCCGGGCUGAGGAUAGACCGCCUCUUUAGGUUCCGAACAUUUACGGUCAUGAUGGAAGCCGUCCUUGUUUAG